UUCUUUCUCCUUGUCCGAGACUGACCCUUUUUUGCUACUUCCGUUUCCGCUGUUCUUCUGUUUUGCUUUUUUAUUUUUUAUUUUUCUUUUUAUUUUUUUUCGGGGUUUUCGAUUUCCUCCUUUUCGAGGAACGGAGCUUCUCUUGCAGAGUUUUGUACAGCUCUUUCAGGUUAUCAAAUUUUUUUUGUGUUGUAAGAACAUUAAGAGAUCAGAAGUAAAUAAUUUAUUUCCAAAAAAAAAAAAAAAAAAAAACCAAAAACGAUGAAUCAGUUUGCGGUGAAGCAGAGCAGCGUGGAGACGAAGGCGACGGUAGUUUGUCCUAAGCCGCGGCGGCUGGGGCUUAUACACACUAACCUCGAAUCCUGCUAUGGAAGGCCCUUCCGAUGGCAUAUGAGCCAUCUGCAAGAGGAUUGUAUCGAUUCGAAAGCUGGGAAUGAGCUGCUGGACAUAAUCCUCUCAAAGGGGAAUUGCGGCGCUGACCAAUCGGCGGCGCAAGUAGCCUCGUCGCCCCCAUUUUUUUCCGGGUCACCGCCGAGUAGAGUAUCUAACCCACUAAUUCAAGACGUGCAUUUCGGGGACGAAAAGAUCACCCCGGUCUCGCCGCGGGCGCUCCCGACCCCGUCCGGGUCUUCUCCGACGUCGUCCGCCCGCAAGGGCGGUUGCGUGCGUGCAAAUUUUGGCAACAAUCCGGCCGUGAGGAUCGAGGGCUUCGACUGUCUGGACAGGGACAGGCGCAACUGCAGCAUCCCCGCCCUCGCUUAACGGAACGGAUCGGGGUACGCUAAUUAUAUAUAUAUAAUUAUAUCUCUAUCUAUAUAUAUAUUACAAAUUCGGGCGAAAAAAUUGAAUGUUUUGGCGGGGGAUGUUGUGGAUCGGAUCGGAUUGGAUCGAGGAUCGUUUUGUUUGAAUGUGUAAAUAUAUGAAUAUAUGUAUGUAUGUAAUGAUUUGAGGUUUGAUCGAAGGUUGUCUGUAAGUAAAGUAUGUUUGAUCGGAUGGAUCGAUCGAUUGAUCGACCCGAUUUGACGGCGUCGACCGGAGAGAAUAAUUUAUGUGUAGGGAGAGAUAGGGAGGCAGCCCUUCUUUGUAAUUGUGUAAGUAAGGGAUGAAAAGAAGGGAGCUUUUGGUGUUUUUUCUCAGUUUUGGGAAAGAAGAAAAUCUGUCAGUUGUAAGAAAGAAUUAUGUAAUAUUAUUAUUAUUAUUAUUAUUAUUAUUAUCUUUAA